AUGGGAGUUCAUUAUUCUUUAAAUAAAGAAAAUGGUUGUAUUCAUAAUAAGAUUUUAAAAGGGAAAAUUCUUUCAAAUAUUCAUAUAAACAAACGUAAACGUUCUGGAUCACGGAAAUAUUCACAUAAAUCGAAUUCAUAUAUAAUUAAAGUGAUAAAUAUUACUGCUAAUAAUAAAAAUAUCUUAAACCAUAUGAAUACAAGUUCAGAAAGUAAAUCUAUAGAUAAAUCACAAAUUACUUUUAUUUCUUCAAUGAAUUCAAGAGGAUGUAUUUCACCUACUUUACCUAGACGAAAGUCACCAACACAUAUACAUGCCAAAAUCUUUAAUAGUUGUGUUCCACUAUCUGGUUUACGUCGAUCAUUAUCCCUUCCAAAACAGAACAGUUUAUCAAAUAAGAACCAUUCUCCUGAAUCAAGAUUAGGAAUACCAGGAUCGAGAUGUUUGUCAAGAAACAAUUCAAAGUGUUCAGCAGCCGAGGGGAAUGCUUCACCGAUUGGUGUUGAACUUUCACUUCCUUCUGGUGGUUGUUCUAAAGACCUGUUGAUGAAGUGGAAGAGUGGUAAGCAUGGCCAGUGGUCUCGUGAUAAACGCGAUAAGGAGUUUAACUAUGGUCAAGAUAAUCUUGUAUUCGAGAACUGCUUGGAUUGUAUCGAUGAUCAAACGACAAAUACAACUAUUCUUUCCAGUGAUUACACGUCUUCUAUGGAUGACUGUUCCUCUAUUUUUUAUGAUCCUAUAUUGGCUAAACUUGAAGCAGAAUUACCUGUUCCACCGCCUCCUCCACGUGCUUGCCCACCUUGGCUUAAAGCUGCUCUUGCAAAACAAGAAGCUUUAGGCAAAGAACCAAUACAAAAUUUGAUUUUAAGGAUAGAUGCUGCGUAUCAUCCUCGUUACAAUUACCCACAUCUCAGUUAUCCCCUCUUCCAUCUGACUUGGAUCAACAUAAAGCUUUAA